UAAAUUGAUGUCUGACAGGCAACUGGCGGCAGAAAGCGAUAAGAGGCUGUACUGGAUGACAUCAUUUCAGGAAUAUAGGCGCAUGCCUCCUGUCGUCUGCUUCAGGAAAUAUUUCGGAGAAAUUUCUGAUAAUACUAUUCUCUUUCAUUAAAAUAUCAUACCAACAAUUGCAUAGCGUUCAAUCCAAUACGGUGGGUGGAUGCAUUAUUGUGUAAAUUUAUGAAAUAUAAAUCAUCUUGGGAUAAACACCUUAUACUUAUGUGCCUUUGAUUGAGGACGUAUAUAUACUUAUCUUCCAUAUAACCAGGACGUAUUUAAUGUUUAAGAUCUGUGAGAUGAGUGUAUGAAAUACAAAGACAACUUUUUUAACACUCGCAUCUUAAACAACAAUUUGAAUAUUCGGAUACGAAGAAAUAAUAAGUUUGGGUUAAAAAGCGUAAAGCAGACGAACAAAAUGUCAGGAGCGGAAGCGUUCAUGGGCAGCUGGCGGGAAGAGGAAAAGGAAGGAUAUGAGGCGAUGGUCACGGCCCUAGGUUUACCCGAGGAAAAGAAAGAGUUCUUUAAGAACGCGCGAACGGAAAUAACGUACCGACGUGACGGCGACGUCUGGGAGAUUAACGUCGGUAUGCAAGGUGCCCCACAAACGCGGACAUUCCGAUUCAAACCCGGGGAGCAAUAUGAGUUAGCCUCGCUCGAUUGUUCGCCUAUGAAGAGUGUUGUAACAGUGGACGGUGACAAACUGCAAGAGAAACACAUAGACGAUAACUUACAUGGAAUGGAUAUGAACAUUACCAGAUAUAUAGAUGGAGGCAAAAUGAUCGUGGAAACACACGUGGGUGAAUUACGUAUGCGAUCGAUCUACGCGCGUAUAUAGAACAUCUGCUUACUGGAACUUUACUAGAUGUCUUGUGUCUACGAGUGUAUAUCAUUCAUAUGGUAAUCAAUGUAUAUAAAAUGGUCUUAACAUACGCUUGGCAACUUGAUAUGUGAUAAGAAAUUUAAACUAUUACAGGUAUGCCAAUAUAGGGUAUGUGCUCUGAUAAAAAUGAUAAAUAAGUCUAGAUCUUGAUGUAGCAUUUUGCGUUAUAAAAGCUUUUCCAGAAUACUUUUUCCGGAAUAAAACCAAAACAAACUUAAACGGCAUAUGCUUUCUGCUUGAGAUGUACAGUAGCUUAAUUAAAU